AUGCCACCACAACUACGCGAUGCAUCACCAGCAAAUAUGCCGAAUCUGUCAGUAAACUUUAAUUUAACAACUUCUAAUACAACAGCAACGAAUACAAGUUCCAAUAUACCGGUGGGUGCUCUACCACAACGGUCAAUUUUUGCGACACAAGCAAUACGAACAACGAAUGAUACAACUCAACGAUUUAAUGUUUAUGAUGACUCUAAUGAAAACGUCAAUGCACAACAGCCGAAACAGAAAAAGAAGAAUAAUCAAUCAGAACAUCAGACGACUACUACGACUACAGCAUCGUAUAGACGUCGUCAACGUCGAAAUCGUCAACAACAAUAUCAUAAUACAAAUGAUCGAAAUGAUCAAAAUUUUAAUCGGUUUGCUGCAUUAGAACAAAAUGAUGCAUCAACAGAUAUCGAAUCAAAUUAUGAUGAAGGUGACGAUGAAACAAUUGAUAGUUCUUCAAGAAUAGAAGAUAAUAUGGUUGAUUACAGUGAAAAAGAACAGAUAAAUAAGACAAACGUUAAAAAUGGUCAAAAUAAAAAUGAUUAA